UUUCUCUCUCAACAAAUUUCAAUCUCACUAACCUCUCUAUCUCAUAAUCUCUUCUUAGCAAUUCCUCAAGGUUAAUCUCUUCUUAGCUAAACAAAAUGAGGAUGCUAUCCACAAAGGCUACGUGCAACUCCCACGGUCAAGAUUCCUCCUACUUCCUAGGGUGGGAGGCUUAUGAGAAGAAUCCCUUUGAUGAGGCUUCUAAUCCCAAGGGCAUAAUUCAGAUGGGUCUUGCGGAGAAUCAACUAUCAUUUGACCUUCUUGAAUCAUGGCUCACAAAGAACCCUGACGCCGCCAGCUUCAAACGAGAUGGCCAAUCCAUUUUCAGGGAGCUCGCUCUCUUCCAAGAUUACCACGGCUUACCCGCAUUCAAAAAGGCAUUGGUUGAAUUUAUGGCGGAAAUUAGAGGGAACAAAGUAACAUUUGAGGCUAAUAACAUAGUCCUCACAGCUGGCGCAACUUCAGCCAAUGAGACACUUAUGUUCUGCCUUGCCGAGGCUGGCGAUGCUUUUCUCCUCCCAACUCCAUACUAUCCAGGAUUUGAUAGAGAUUUGAAAUGGAGAACCGGCGUUGAGAUUGUACCAAUUCAUUGCACCAGCUCCAACGCCUUCCAAGUCACCCAACCGGCUCUAGAACAAGCCUAUAAAGAAGCCGAAGCUCGCAACCUACGUGUCAAAGGCGUGUUGGUCACAAACCCAUCCAACCCAUUGGGCACCACAAUGAGCCGACACGAACUCGACUUGGUUUUCGACUUUAUAACUUCGAAAGGCAUUCACUUGAUCAGUGACGAGAUCUACUCUGGGACCGUUUUCGGGUCGCCGGGAUUCGUGAGUGCGAUGGAGGUGCUUAGGGAGAGGAGUAGCGAGGAGGAGGAGGUUUGGAAGAGAGUACAUAUUGUUUACAGUUUGUCAAAGGAUUUGGGGCUUCCAGGUUUUCGAGUUGGUGCAAUUUACUCCAACGACGACAUGGUGGUGGCUGCGGCUACCAAAAUGUCUAGCUUUGGAUUGGUGUCGUCUCAAACACAAUACCUUCUCUCAGCCAUGCUGUCCGACAAGAAGUUCACUAGAAACUACAUUACCGAGAAUCAGAGAAGGCUGAAACAGAGACAAAAGAUGCUGGUAUCUGGUUUGGAAAAGGCGGGUAUUAACUGCCUGGACAGCAAUGCAGGGUUGUUCUGUUGGGUGGACAUGAGGCAUUUGUUGGAGUCGGACACGUUUGAAUCCGAGUUAGAGCUGUGGAAGAAGAUAGUGUACGAGGUGGGUUUGAACAUUUCUCCUGGCUCAUCCUGCCACUGCUCUGAACCAGGGUGGUUCCGUGUUUGCUUUGCCAACAUGUCCGAAUCAACAUUGAAACUAGCUAUUCGAAGAUUGAAGUCGUUUGUAGCAGAAUUGAGGUCCGCCGCUUCUCCAAACGCUCAGUCACAAUUAAACAAUGACAACAAAUUUUGCAAGAACAUCAAGAAAAACAUUUUCACCAAAUGGGUUUUCCGGCUAUCGGUUCAAGAAGCCAACCGCAAGCUGCAACAUGAACGAUAGCCUGGUUUGAUGAACACAUUCAUCG